AUGGCAGAGGAAAACUGGUUACUGUUUGUGCUGGUGGAUGGAGAGAGGGAAAUACCAUUUAAAAUGUUGUCUCAUGAGAUGGAUACAGUUAAAAAAAAUCCAGAGUUGUUAAAUGAAUUGAUUAGUAAUCUUCCAGAUGGAAAAGUAAAUGAUCCAAUUCAUAUUGGUUUGGCUGCUUUGGAACCUAGCACAGCUUCUAUUCAUCUGACUAAUGGUAGUUCUGCCUCAGCUUCUAUUCAUCCUACCAGUGCUACUUCUUUAGCUUCAGUUCAUGAUACUAGUUAUAAUGUCUCAGUAAAACCAUCAUUCACUAGCUCAGCUUCAAUUCACCCUACCAGUGCUACUUCUACACCCGUACAUGCAUCUGUAUCUAAAGCUUCUUUUUAUACUAGUGCUCCUGCCUCAGCAAAACCAUCAUCAUUCACUUGCUCAGGUUCAGUUCACCCUACCAGUGCUACUUCAACACCUUUAUGUGCAUCUGUACCUAGAGCUUCUAUUUAUACCAGUGCUCCUGCCUCAACAAAACCAUUAGCAUUCCCAUCAUCAUUCACUAGCUCAGCUUCAGUUCACCCUACCAGUGCUACUUCUACACCUGUACGUGCAUCUGUACCUAAAGCUUCUCUUUAUACCAGUGCUCCUGCCUCUAUAAAACCAUUAGCAUUCCCAUCAUCAUUCACUAGCUCAGCUUCAGUUCACCCUACCAGUGCUACUUCUACACCUGUACGUGCAUCUGUACCUAAAGCUUCUCUUUAUACCAGUGCUCCUGCCUCUACAAAACCAUUAGCAUUCCCAUCAUCAUUCACUAGCUCAGCUUCAGUUCACCCUACCAGUGCUACUUCUACACCGGUAAGUGCAUCUGUACCUAGAGCUUCUAUCUAUACCAGUGCUUCUGCCUCUACAAAACCAUUAGCAUUCCCAUCAUCAUUCACUAGGUCAGCUUCAGUUCACCCUACCAGUGCUACUUCUACACCUGUACAUGCAUCUGUACCUAAAGCUUCUCUUUAUACCAGUGCUCCUGCCUCUACAAAACCAUUAGCAUUCCCAUCAUCAUUUACUAGCUCAGCUUCAGUUCACCCUACCAGUGCUACUUCUACACCUGUACGUGCAUGUGUACCUAAAGCUUCUAUCUAUACCAGUGCUCCUGCCUCUACAAAACCAUUAGCAUUCCCAUCAUCAUUCACUUGCUCAACUUCAGUUCACCCUACCAGUGCUACUUCUACACCUGUACGUGCAUCUGUACUAAGCUUCUCUCUAUACCAGUGCUCCUGCCUCAACAAAACCAUUAGCAUUCAAUAG